AGUUGUCCAGUGACCAGCGCGAUGAACAGGUACCUGUGGAUUGGUCUCACCGCAACCCUUUUUGUCCUGUUGGUUGUCCACGCAGGCGCAGCCCCGACGGAAGUACAUGAGGAUGCAGUGGCUUCGCAGGACGAAACUUCAGCGGACAUUGAGUCACCCAUUGGGAAAUCUACAGCUGUUGGAGGCAUAGCCGCGCUUCGCGUGAGACGCAGCAAAAAGGGUGGCGGCUACGGCUGUAGCAGCUGCGGCUAUGUGCCGAUCCGGACUGGUGGCUGUGGAACCGGCAGAUGUGGGGGCGGGGGCGGAGGCUACAGCAACGCCCAGUCAAGCUCCACCGGCUCUGCGUCCUCCGGAACAUAUGGCCGCAAGAAGUGAAUGCAACCGUUCUACUAUUUUGAUACAUUGUAUUACAAGAGCUAAAUAAAAUGAUGAGAAAGUA